AUGGUUGCAUUUAUGAACCUGUGUGGUGUGAAACGUUAUAGAGACCGGCGUGAUAUAAGUCCCGAUCUAUCUAAGGGACUAUUACGGUUUGAGAGCGAAAACGUAGAUUUCCUCACUUCGCACUUUCUUGAUGAAAACACUGAUGCAAGGGGUGGAGGAUUAACUGCACGGAAAAAGAUGGAAAUUUUUCUGAGAUACGUUAGUGAUCCAGGAUUCCAAAGUGGUGUUGCCAACGACAUGGGGGUUGAAAGAAAUACCGUCAGCAAAACAUUUUCAAGUGUAUUGGAUAAAAUAGUGUCAAAGUCUGAAGAUUGGAUUAAAUUUCCACGCACUAUUGAAGAUAUGGAUCAGGCCAAUGCAGAUUGGGCUUCAAAAUUUCGCAUUCCGACUGUCAUUGGUGCUAUAGAUUGCACUCACGUGCAUAUUAUGAAACCUUCGGAAUUCGGUGACGAGUAUGUGAACAGAAAAGGAAAAACAACAAUAAACAUUCAGAUGACUUGUGACGCUAAUGAAAAAAUUACAAGUGUGGAUGAUCAAUGGCCAGGGAGUGUACAUGAUGGCAGGAUUUGGCGAGUGAGUGGAAUUCAGGACGUGGUGCGCCGAUAUGAUGGUGAUGUUUGUCUCCUUGGUGAUAGCGGAUAUGGAAUUACUCCUUGGUUACUGACUCCUUUUGACGAACCAAGAAAUGCUCAGAAAAGGAAUAUUCCAGGAAAGGAAACAGGAUACAAUUUAGUUCAACAACAAAAAUUCUUUUAA